AGCUGCCGCCUUCGCCGCAGGCAAUGUUACAAUUACUAUAAAACUAUAGCACAGCAGCAAAUACAUCAUUCAGUACCCUGUUGCUAAUACAACAAUAUUAAAAAUGUUCUCUCGUUUGGUAGCUCUUUGCGCUGUUGUAGCGGUGUCUUCAGCUGGUCUCCUGCCAGCAGCCGUACACUACUCCCCAGCCUCCGCCGUCUCUUCUCAGAGCAUCGUACGUCAUGACCAGCCUCAAGCACAUGUCGCUAAAUUAGCCGUCGUAGCACCAGUUGCCUACCAUGCUGCCCCUGCUCCAGUCGCCUACCACGCUGCCCCUGCCCCCGUUGUCUACCACGCUGCCCCUGCCCCAGUCGCCUACCACGCUGCCCCUGCCCCAGUCUCCUACCACGCUGCCCCCGUCGCUAAACUUGUAGCUCAACCCGAGGAAAUUGCCUACCCCAAAUACGAGUACUCUUACUCUGUUGCUGACGGACACAGUGGGGACAACAAACAACAGCAGGAGUCCCGCGACGGUGAUGUUGUGAAGGGAUCCUACUCAUUCCAUGAAGCUGACGGUUCCAUCAGGUCUGUGGAAUACAGCGCUGAUGACAAGAACGGUUUCAACGCGGUAGUACACAACUCCGCUCCCACCGCCGCGCCUGCCCUCAUCAAGGCUGCCCCACUUGUACUCAAGGCUCCCGUCUACGCUGCCCCUGUACCCCACUACUACCAUCACUAAAUACAUAUUUUAGUAAUAUUAAUAUAACUGUGCAUACAUAUAUACUGUGUAUAUAUAAAUAACUAUAUAGUUUUUUAUGGAAAAUAGUACCUAAUAAAUCUGUUACUAAA